UUCCUCUCGCUCUCCAGCGCUGCCAGCACUGAGCAGGAGCGGAACGAGAAGCGCAUCGGCUCCGGGUUGCAAAGCAUUUGUGGUUAUACUUUAACCCGCUCCUGGCAUGGCUUUUCUGCCCCGAGCGCCCCGUCCGCUCCUCUUCGGCUGGGCGACUGCGAGCAGGACGAUGGCGACCAGCCCCAAGAAAGCGGUGGAUUUCUUCUACGACGUGCUGUCUCCCUACUCCUGGCUGGGCUUCGAGAUUCUCUGCCGAUACCGUAAUAUCUGGAAUAUUGAGCUACGCUUACGGCCUGCUUUCCUUGCCGGCAUAAUGAAAGAGAGUGGUAACAAGCCCCCGGCAUUGCUUCCAAACAGAGGGAGAUACAUGACGAAGGAUCUUAGUCGGAUGGCAAAGUUCUGCCAGGUGCCAUUGCAACUUCCCAAGGAUUUCGUAGGGACUGUUAUUGAGAAAGGCAGUCUAUCCGCUAUGCGUUUUGUCACAGCUGUGGAUUUAACACAACCUCAGUUUGUAGAGGCUGUGUCUAGAGAACUUUGGAUGCGCAUUUGGUCCCGGGAUGAAGAUAUUACCCAGCCAGAAAAUAUUUUGGCAGCUGCAGGGAAAGCGGGAUUAUCUUCAGAUGAAUGCAAGAAGCUUCUGGAAAUGGGCAACUCACCUGAAGUGAAGAAUCGUCUGAAAGCAACAACAGAUGAAGUCCUACAACAUGGGGCAUUCGGUCUGCCAUGUUCUGUUAUCUAUGUUAACAACAAGCCCCAGCUUAUAUUUGGUUCAGAUCGUUUAGAAUUACUGGGAAGUCUCUUGGGAGAGAAAUGGCUGGGACCAGUCCCUGCAGCUUCUAAACUCUAAGCUUUUAGAGCUCAGAAGAAUACCAGGACAUCAAAGCAACAUGAUCAAUAACCAACAGUGCAAUUGAAUGAGGAAUAAAUGUUAAGAGCCACUAUCUGAACUGUCUUGAUUAGUAAAUGCACGGAUUUGGUUGCUAUAAUUGUUUAGGGUGUUGCUGAGAUAACUAAUAAUCUCUGUGUGAGAAUACUUGUACAUGGGAGACAUAAUUACCAGAAUGUAAGGUAUGAACUAGCUAUAAGUUUAUCAGGAAUGGCAGGCUCUUGGGGAGGAUUGUGGAGUACUCUGGGCAGUGCGGGUAACUCUGCAUCCAUUGCCUCAGAUAGUAUUCGGACACAAAGGCUAGGAGAUUUGUAAUUGUAAUUUUUAUAGAAUGAAAAAGCAGCUAUGAUCUCUAUGCCUUCCACUCACACCAGUGCCUUCUCUAGGUUAUUUCUGUGGUCAUUUUCAUCUAAUUUGUAAAACCUUUAUUACAAAGCUGAAUUAAAGAUCUACUUAAUCUUCCA